AUGCCUAUCACAACUCGUGGUGCUGCAUUACGAGCCCGGACCGAUGCUGAAGCAACAUAUCCAUCGAGUCAAACAAUAUCAUCUCAUCCUCCAAAUCUUCAAUGUCUUAAUUUUUGUUUCAAGGUAAAAUAAACAUUUUCUUCACGUGUUGUUCAGCCACAUCCAAACUUGUGGCGAUUCGUUCAACGCUUCAAGCAAGAAAAAACUGUAAUAUCACAUCGAAUGGUCCAGACUGGAUUAGAUUUUUCUUCUGUUCGAUUGACAAAAUCGACGCGCAAAGCAACUCGUAAAACUAAACAAAUUAAAAAAUUGAUACACUUGUUGGAGUCUAAAACAAGAUCAUUAGCUGAUACAAUAAAGUCUCUUGCUCAUCUGGCGAGUCUGUUUUUCAUACAAGAAAAGCAAAGAAGAAAAAUAAUAAUGUUUCCAAAUCAGACUUAUCAGAUUCAUCGUCAGAUGAACAUUAGGUGGGUGUGGGUGUGGGUGUGGGUGUGGGUGU